AUGAAGGGUUUCACGGCCGCCCUCCUUGUGUGGGCUCUGAUUUCUCCCAGCAGUGGUGGUGGCGGCGGUGUCGGGGAAACCUGGCCCACACACGUGGCCUGCAGGGACGGAGGCUUGGAAGUGCUCUACCAGAGUUGUGAUCCACUACAGGAUUUUGGCUUUUCUGUUGAACAGUGUUACAAACAAUUAAAACCAAAUCUCAGCAUUAGAUUUGGAAUCAUUCUGAGAGAGGACAUCAACAAGCUGUUUCUCGACGUAUCUCUUCUCACCCAGGGAUCCUCUAUUUUGAACCUCUCCUAUCCCGUCUGUGAGGAGGAUUUCCCCAGGUUUUCCUUCUGUGGAAGAAAGAAGGGAGAGCAGAUUUACUAUGCUGGCCCUCUCAAUAAUCCAGGAUUUGAUAUUCCUGAGGGAAAGUACCAGGUGUUGCUGGAACUAUAUAAUGAAAACCGUUCUACUGUGGCCUGUGCCAAUGCUACUGUCAUCUGCUCCUGA